CUUCUGACAGACAACGACAAAAACAGCAGCGCUUUACCUUCGACAGCAGAAAGUGGAGAAAGGAAAGAAAUCCUAUUUUUUUUUUUACUUCUGCCUGCAGCACACCUGAAGCAAAAAACCCGUAAGGGUCGGAUCCUCAUUCAGAGUCAGAAUGUCUGCCGUAACAGAGGAUCUGUGCUGUCCUAUCUGCCAGGACAUCUUUAAAGAUCCUGUCGUCAUUUCAUGCAGCCACAGCUUCUGUAAAACCUGCCUGCAGAAAUGGUGGAAAGAGAAGAAAACACUCGAGUGUCCCAUCUGCAAGAGGAAGUCCUCCCGGAGUGACCCUCCUCGGAACCUGGUUUUAAAGAACCUCUGUGAGGCCUAUGAACGGCCGAACAACCACAGAGCUCAUAACAACGGCUCGGAGCAACUCUGCAGUCUGCACUCUGAAAAGCUCAAGAUCUUCUGCCUGGACCACCAGCAGCCUGUGUGCGUCAUCUGCCGGGAUUCAAAAAUCCACAACCAGCACCACUUCAGACCCCUAAACGAGGCGGCCCAGGAGAAGCGAGAGGAGCUGCAGAAGUUCCUGAAGCCUUUACAAGAGAAACUGACUCGGAUGGAAGAAGCUAAAGGAGACGGAGAAAAAACUGUGAAGUUCAUCAAACUGCAGAGCCAGCAGACGGAGAAGCAGAUCAAGGAGCAGUUCCAUAAGCUUUACCAAUUCCUGCAGCAGGAGGAGAAGGCCAAGGUCGCCGCUCUGAAAGAGGAGGAGACCACGAAGAUGUUGCUGAUGAAGAAGAAUCUGGAGGCACUGAGUAAAGAUAUUGCAGCUCUUUCAGCCAUGAUCACAGCUGCUAAGAAGGAGCUAACAGCUGCAGACAUCUCCUUCCUGAAGAACUACAAGACCACAAUGAAUAAAGUCCACCAGCAUCCCCUUCAUGAUGACCCUCAGCAGGCCCCUGGAGCUCUGAUAGACGUGGCCAAAUACCUGGGCAACCUGACCUUCCAAGUAUGGAACAACAUGAAGCAGGUCGUCUCGUACAGUCCUGUGAUCCUGGACCCAAACACUGCAGACCCGGAACUCGUCCUGUCCCAUGACCUGUGCAGUGUCCGAUCCGGAGAAAAGAAACCGAUCCCUUUGAAUCCAGAGAGGACAAAGUUCUCCUGCUCCGUCCUGGGCUCUGAGGGUUUCAACUCGGGAUGCCACAGCUGGAGCGUGAAGGUGGGCGACAAUAAGGACUGGGAACUGGGCGUACUGGGAGAGACCCAGACGACAAACGAAUGCCCUACGGCUCAGCUGUGGAGGAUUUCAUUUACCGACGGGAAGUUUACGGCCUUCUCCUCCUCUAAACCAGAGGAGGAUCUGCUGGUGAAGGAUGUGGUGAGGAAGAUCAGGGUUUACCUGGACUUUGACAGGGGGAAGCUGACCUUCUCUGACUUUGACACCACCACCAACAUCCACACCUUCACAGACACCUUCAGCAACACCCUGUUUCCCUACAUUUACACCGAGAGUCAAUCUCCGCUCAGGAUUAUCCCUGCCAACAUCUCUGUGAGCGUCCCAAAAUCCACCUAAAAAAGUCAGGAUCUGACAGACUUUUGGAGAAUUUAUUAGAUCAGGAAUGAAUUCAGGGUUCAAAAUCAGCUUCCAGGUCGUACACUUAAACUACCUGAUUGCUCUGAGUCCAUUUCUGUUCAUGUUUGAACA